CUAUGCAUGCAACAGAUGAGCGGCAGUUAUGGUUUGUUGUUGGUUGUUGUCAGUUAGAAAAACUAAGUUGACAGCUUCAGAUUUAUAAUUAGUUGUAGAAUCUGUAAACGCCGUCACUAAAAUCCACAAGUUUGUAUAAGUUUUCUAAUUACAAUAUUUUAUCCAUCGAGCAUCUUUGGUAAAUCUUGGCUGAUGGACAGAGGGUUGUGUGUGCUCAGUAAAACAUUUAAGAUGCACACGGCAGUACCGAAAGGUAAAAAACAGUCGCCCGCUGGUGUUGAGAAAAACCGGUCACGUAAAGCACCUGUACGCAAAAACACUUACCGGGUGGGAUAUACCUGGAACCGUGGAGGCAGGCUUAAAGAGCUGAGAAUAAGGCACCUUGCUCGAAAGUUCCUCCAUCUGUGGAUACAGAAGACGUUUGGACGAAGACGAAUAACACCCUCCCAAGCCAGAUCUCACUAUUGUAAGGUGAGCUUAAAGAAGACAUUUGGAGCUUGGAAAGAUGAGUGGUGGCAAACAAGAAAGGAAUGGACUCUGAACAUAAGAGCAGAUUGUCAUUAUAUGUAUAUGCAUUACAGCAAAACAUUUCAAGCUUGGCAGCAAUAUGUGGCUGUGCAGAAAGAAGAAAAAAAGAAACUACAGCUCGCAAUUAACUUCGAGAUGAAGCACAAACUGCAUCGAGUAUGGAAUGGCUGGGAGAUGUAUGUAGGCAUGUGUCGCAUGAAGCACAAGAUGCAAGAAGCAGCAGAGCAGCACAAGAAACUCGCUGUACUGAAGUGGGUUUGGACAGUGUGGCAUGCUGCACUACAGUACAGGGAUGUGGAGUACCAUCAAGAAGAUCUUGCCUUACAACACUGGGCUAACAAUGUACAAAGCAGAACAUGGCAGCACUGGAGAGAAAGGAUGACACAUGCCUGUGUUCAAAAGGUGAAAGAGUCCAAAUGUUAUCGCCACCAUUGCCAUCAGUUGCAAAGACAUGCCCUGCAUGCAUGGAUCAGACACAUACUGAACAGGCAGGAUAAAAAGAAGAGGAAAGCUUUAGCUCUGGAUGCAUGGCGUGUCUCAGUACUGGAGAAGUAUUGGUGUGUAUGGCACAAGGCUUUGCAAUCCAGUCACGCUGAGAAAGACAGAGACCAGAGAGCAGACAAACUGGCACAGCACGGAUCCCAGCGCCAGGCAUUCUCAAACUGGAAAUGCUAUGUCAGGAUUUGCUCACAGAAGGCUAAGAAGGAAAAGCUUGCCAUGCAGCAUCAACAUCUCUGCCUUUUGCGUUUGGGUAUAAAAGGCUUGACUCUAAAUGUCACACAGAGUAAAGCUCAUCGUCUCAACAAAAAUAUUAGUGUCCAGCAUCAUCGGCACACUUUGUUGGUGAGAUGUUGGAAAGUUUGGCAUCUGCGCCUGGAUCAGGCUGAAGACCGGAGCUUACAGACCCACAUAUGCAUCGCACAAUCCCAUCACAAAGUCUCUGUGUUGAGAGUUUACCUUCAUCAUUUGAGAGAUCAGCUUACAGAGCACAAACACAUGCAGGAUUUGGAAUCACGUGCUGACGCCUGCUUUGCCAGACGUGCACUUCCACAAUGUGUAAACUCUUGGAUCGAGUUUACAGCACAACGCACAGAGAAACGACAAAGAAAAGAGACAGCCGAACAACAUAAUAAGCAACAAAUUUGUGCUUCUGCAUUCUACUCCUGGUGGAGGAACCUGGAGCUACAGAGAGAUCACAGACUAGCUGAGAGAACGGCUAUAUUGCAUGCCGAGCAUAUCUGCAUAGCCCACGCCUGGUCCGAGUGGUCUUACAGAGCUGUACAGCGCAGAGAAGAGAGAUCGAGACGUGAAGCGGCUGACUCGCUUUACAUGCACACUCUGCUACGCAAGGCUCUGAAACAAUGGAGACAAGUCGUCACGUCCAUUCAGACCAGUCAAAGACAUUUCCAGCAGGCAGAGGGUCAUGAGAGACAGCGGCGUCUACGGAGAGCCAUGACGGACUGGCAUCAGUAUGUAGACCACAGAAGAGAGAAAAGAAAGAGACUUGCACAAAUGGAGGAACAUUACCAAAGCAGACUGCUCCAAACUACUCUGGAUGCUUGGAAGCAAUAUCAUUUGCAGACUCAGUUGAUCAAACAAAACGUCGAACACUGCUACCAGGAGCAUCAGCAGAACCUACUCGGGAAAAUGUUCAGUCUAUGGAGGACAAACGUGUCACAUUUGAUGGAGGAGAAAAAAAAGGAAAUCAAAGUGCAGUUCUACUAUCAAAACCGUCUUCGGUCUCAGGUGUUUCUGGCAUGGAGACGGAGAACAGUAACUGCAAUUCUGCACCGUGGCCAACAGGAGGAAGCCCUGAGACAAGCUCGGAGACAUCUGGAUAAAUUGCGCAUUCAGGGGUUUUUGAGACGAUGGAAGGAGCGAAGCAGGGAGGCAAAAAAUGAGAGAUUGGCGAAUGAGAGGGCCAGCAGACACUAUAGCCGAACAUUGGGUAAAAGAGUCCUCAGCACCUGGAGCAUUAAUAUUCAACAUCAAAAAAACUAUCAGGUCAUGGGAAAAAGAAGCAAUGAGGUUUACAGAUUGAGGAUUUGUCAGCGCUUUUUUAUCUGUUGGAGGACACAGUUGCAAAACAGAAGAAGAGAGGCGGAGCUAACAGAGACCGCGCUUUGGCAUUGGUCCCUUAACCUACAGGGCAAGGUGUUUUGCGUGUGGCGGCUCUGGGUCGCAGAUCGACAGAGAAAACAGAAACGAUUGGCCGAGGCAGCUCAGUUUUACAGAGAUGAACUGUUGAGGGAGGGUGUCACUCAUAUCCUCACAAACACAGCACAUAUAAGUGCUCACACAACAAAUAUGGCCCUACACAACCAUGAACAGAGUUGCCGGCGGAUACAGGAGGUGGUAAGGCGAUGUGCCAUGCGAUGGAAGCAGCGAGCACUGUGUAAGCCUGCUGAAGUCCUGUCUAAAGACAGCAGUCCUAAGAAGAGUGUGUCUUUCUUUCUGCCCGAAGACCAGACACCCUGUCCUAUCAGGAGCCAAGCAGCAGAGCAGAAGCAGAAAGAUUCAGUCAUCAACCAGCUGUUGUUGGUUCGAGCAGCUAGACUCCAACCAAGGAGACCGGAUGAUCUUCUGCAAUCCCCAGUCAAACAUCUGCCACAGCACCCCAAAAUCAACAGUGGUCAGAGGACAUCUGUACGACAGACUGAGUUUGCUUCAGUCUCUACCAUGAAUCAUCUCUUUUCAUCACCUUUGAUCUCAAUCCCUUUUACCCCCAAUCCACUGGAGUCACCUACAUCAGCACUAAAACCUAUGAUCCUGCCGCUCAAAACUGGCCCUCCAGGAGGAUAUAUGGCCACUACCAGCCAGGACGUACUGCUGCCGCCUUCUUCAUUUACUGGCAAGAAAACAAGUUUAAGACAUAUGGAUCCUUCUCUUGUUUCUGGAUUGUCACCUCCACAAGGUCUUUAUGUGAGAGUACUUGAGGAAGAGGAGGAGUUGGAUGUUGAAGCAGAAUCGGAUGUUGAAGCAGAAUCGGCUCAAACCGAGAACCUCACCAAAGAACUCCUGGAUAUUAGAAUGGAAAUGCAACGAUACCAACAAGACAGAAAACAGCUACAUGCAUGGCGUCAGCUCCAAAAGGUCCUGAGUAACUGGCUUCAAACAACAGGCAUUGAGGAAGAAACCGAGGAAAGAGAAAACAUAUUACAGGAGAUAAAUGAGCUCGAGAGGCGCAUUUCUUCUCUGUCUUCGAAACUAAACAAGCAGAAACCGACCAUGAUUCGCCAUGCUGCCAGAGUUCACACCAUCCAGUCUCAACUACUACCGUCAAAUUUCAACACACAGACAUGAUUAUGCCACUGGUAUUAUUUGGGGGAUAUGUAUGGUAUUUAUCGGUUGUACAGUCAAGUUUUAUUUAUUUGUUCUGCACUUUUGUAAAAUGUGUUUCUUUUUAA